UGCGCUUUUCCCUUAACCUUCACCCCCCUCCACGUCGCUCUUCUCUUUCCUUUAUAAAUAGCCCAACCCAACAGGUGAGAUGAAUUUUGAUAUUCCUUCCUAAACCAUCACACCCACCUUCCUUAUCCUACGCUCCCACUGCUUUUCCAUCUCUCCUCCGUUAACCCCCUCCAACGGAAAACCGUCCCUUUCCAGCCAUGCCCGUCGAGACUCCUCCCCGAAUCCCGUUCCGGAAAAGACCUGCCCCGAAGAAUCCCGAAUCCAGAUGGAGAACCAUCUCGCAGGAGAGGAUCUACGGCCAGAGAUUGCUCGAAGCUAUCAAACACGCCCGGAAUUCAUCCCAACCGUCGAGAAUCUCCUCUUCUCGCACGAUCAAAGAAGCCGCCGACUCGGCUCUGGCUUUGACCGCAAAAGGUCAAACCCGAUGGAGCAGGGCGAUCCUCUCGAGGCGGUGGCAGAAGCGUAAAUUAUGGUUGAAAGCCGGUGGAAAGAUUAGGCGUUGUUCAGGUACGCGGCGGCUCGAGAAGCCGGCUCCGUCCCUGUCCCUGUCAGCAGCACCGCAGCCAAGGAAGAAGACGGCGGAGAAGGUGGGGGACCGUUUACGUGUCCUCGGGCGAUUGGUCCCCGGAUGUCGGAAGCUAUCGACCGCCUCCCUUCUGGAAGAAGCCGCUGAUUACAUGGCAGCUCUCGAGAUGCAAGUCAAGGCGAUGCGCACAUUAGCCGAUCUGCUCUCGGCUACAACUCUAGAUUCCACCGUGGAGUCGCGGACCACGUGAUCUUCCUUUCUCAGUUUAUGGUGGGAAUUUGUGAAUUAUGUAGGGUUUCUUUGUAAAUCCUCUCUAGACUCUCUGUAAUUUUCAAUCGUUCUUUGAUCCCGUCCACAACAUAGGUGGCUGAACGAUGUUAAAGUUCACCUA